GCUCCCUGGAAGCGGCACAUUGAUCACACGGCCGCGUGGCCAAUUAGCGGCAGGAGCCAGGGCCAGCCCUCGUGUCUGCGCGCUGGUGAUCUAUCGGCAGUAAUUACCGAGACACUUAAUGCCUAGUUUGGAUGGGAAUUAAUUCGAGGCCGGAUAAAUAAUGUAUUAGGGCUUAUUCAGCCCCGCGUGAAGCGUCGCCCCCGAGCCAGGGCUGGAGCGGCGAGCGGCGGUGGCGGCGAUGAGCGGGGCGGCGGCCGGAGCCGGGCGCUGAGGCUGCGGGCAGCGCCCAGCCGGGAGCAUGCUGAGCCCCAAGAUCAGGCAGGCCAGGAGAGCCCGGUCAAGGAGUCUGGUGAUGGGUGAACAGAUUGGGCCUCCCUCCAGACCAUCUUCUCCAAAUCCUCAAGAACGUGUGCUGAAGUGUGGCUGGCUAAAGAAACAAAGGAGCAUUAUGAAGAACUGGCAGCAGCGGUGGUUUGUGCUGCGUGGGGAUCAGCUCUCCUAUUAUAAGGAUGAAGAGGAAACUAAACCUCAGGGUUUGAUACUACUGCAAGGCAGUCAGGUGAAUGAGCUGCCACCUAAUCCUGAUGAACCAGGGAAACAUCUCUUUGAAAUUACCCCAGGUGGUGCAGGGGACCGGGAAAAGAUGCCUGUCAAUCAUGAGGCUUUCCUGCUCAUGGCUAAUUCCCAGAAUGAAAUGGAAGAUUGGGUGAAAGCCAUCCGACGGGUUAUAUGGGCUCCAUUUGGUGGAGGUAUUGCAAAUAGCUCACAUGCACAUAAAUUAAAACAUUUGCCUCAAGGGAUCUUUGGACAGCGCUUGGAGGACACCGUACAGUAUGAGCGGAAGUAUGGCCAGCGCUUGGCCCCUCUGCUGGUGGAACAGUGUGUGGAUUUUAUUCGGGAGCGAGGUCUUACAGAGGAGGGGCUCUUUCGGAUGCCUGGACAAGCCAACCUUGUCAAAGAUCUGCAGGAUUCUUUUGAUUGUGGAGAGAAACCCCUUUUUGACAGCAACACAGAUGUUCACACUGUGGCGUCCCUCCUGAAGCUUUACCUUCGAGAGCUGCCAGAGCCUGUCAUCCCCUUUGCCAAAUAUGAAGACUUUCUUUCUUGUGGACAGCUACUCUCAAAAGAUGAGGGAGAGGGUACCCAGGAACUGGUUAAACAGGUGAAGAAUUUGCCCCAAGCCAACUACAACCUCCUCAAAUACAUAUGCAAGUUUCUUGAUGAAGUUCAGGCUCACUCCAGCAUUAACAAGAUGAGUGUCCAGAACCUGGCUACAGUAUUUGGACCAAACAUACUGCGGCCCAAAAUGGAGGAUCCGGUGACCAUGAUGGAAGGCACCUCGCUAGUUCAGCACCUGAUGACAGUACUGAUAAGUGAGCAGGGGCGGAUCUUUGCUGUUCCUCAGGCGGAGGUGCCAGGGAGCCAGCUGGAAAUCAGACCUGUGCGCCAGCGCAGCACUGUCGAGUGGAUCUCAGAGGAGGACGGGGAGGACAGCAGGUCACAGAACAGCGCUGCCAGCCCUGCUGAUUUGCCUUCUGGCAAUGCUGUGGCACUAGAGGCUACUCCGGGACCUACAGUGAAAAUCACUCCUCCAGAGCACAGUGGCAAAUCAGCCCAGCCUGCCACAAGCCCCAGUAAAAGAGUGCAGACGCUGCCUCCAUGGAAAUACUCCUUCCGCCAGCAGGGAGCGCGGUCUGUGAGUCCAAAGCUGGGCAGCUCAUCCUUAGAUAUCCCCAACCUCUCCUCCAGCGGGAACUGGUUGAUGAACGGCCUGUACUCCCUCCGAGGCCAUCGCCGGACAGCCUCUGGGGAACGAGUGAAAGACUCGUGUUCCUCCCAGAGACUCUCCACUUACGACAACGUCCCUUCAUCCAGCCUGUCCCUCAGCACGCACAGCAUGGCCAGCACCACCUGGUCUACAUCAUCCUGUGAGAUCUCCGUGAUGGACUCAGUGAGCAGCUGCCCAGCCUGCCGGGCUAGUGACUCUUCUGCUUUAAGCUCCCUAAAAACUGAGUGGGUAACUCAGGGCUCACUGUCUCAGAGUGAGGUCAAGACAGCAGAUCUGGAGAACAGCAUGGACAGGUUUGAAGCCUGCAGCAGCAGCAGCAGCGAACAGAGUGACCCAGCUGCAGCUUCCCGAGACUCUGUCCAAUGCUCCAGGGCCUUACAGAGCUUGGUGGUGGAGCUAAAGACAGAACUGAGCAAACAGAGGACUGAGUAUGAGACUAGUAUCAAAAGAAUUGAAGAAACAAGUGCAGACCUGAGGAACCAAGUGGUUAGGUUAGAAGAAGAACUGGAUCAAGAACGAAAGAAAUACACGAUGCUGGAGAUAAAGCUGAGGAAUUCUGAACGCGCUCGUGAAGAUGCUGAGAAGAGAAAUUACCUCCUGCAAAAGGAAAUGGAAGAAUUUUUUUCAACAUUAGGAUGUUUAACUGUUGGGAGUCCAAGUGCUAAAGUCCCCAAGUAGAACAAGCAUAGAAAAUCCUGUUCCUGACAAAAUGAGUGAAAAUGCAUAUUUUGCUCUGGUAUACUCAUGUAUCAUGAGUAAUUCUAUAGUGAUUGUGCUCUCAGUGACACUUCCCUGUUGUCUUUACAUGUGCUAUAUUUGGGCCAGCUGGGAAAGAUUGCUGACCAUAAUGCUUGAAAAUUUAGUGUCAUUGCCAAGAAAGGGUGGGUCUCCUCUGUAUCCACAGAACAUCAGACACUCUUCUCCAGGGUGUCCUGCUGCCAUCUUUUUGCUUGCUCAAGGACAGUGGAAGGUCCUGCAGGGUGGGUGGAUGGCCAGAACAAAUGGACAAGCUGAGCCUGGAGCUGAGGGACUCCUGCACUUGUGCUUGGAAAGGUGGCAGUUCCACCACAGCCAGGGGCUUGCCACAGAUUUAAUGAGGUGGUUUUCGCCCCACUCCGUACAUAAAGUUUGUUCAAAUUUCUCAUUCCUAGAGUGGCGUUAUUUUAUGAAGAUAUUGUGAAAAUAAGGUCUGCAAACACCCUGAGGCUACCAAAAUCUUGACAAUUCACUUAUCCGUGAAAUUAUUUCGGUGUUUGACAAAAAUGCAACUUUAAAUUAAACUGUAUGGGAUUAAUAAUCA